CGAUGCCGCUGCUUUCAGCCAAACCACCCCUCGCCCUCCCAGCUCCCACUCAGAAUACAUUCCAAAGCUCCUCCUCAGAGGGAGGAAUGACCAAAAAAAAAGAACCUGGCGAACCAACAGCGACACUUUCCUUUGCAUUUAUGCAGAUCUAUUACUUCCGUGUCAGAAGCUUUGGAUGAAAUCUGCUGUCACCAGAGGAUUCAGACUUGCUAGAUGCUGACUGGGUUCCAUUUGGGUUCCUUUUCAUUGCUGGUGUAGGUGUGUGAGGGUGUGAAAGUGUGAGUGUUGCAGAGAGUUGAGUGAGAGAAAUCGAGCCGUUUCUCUCUUUCUCAGAGAGUGUGCGCACAGGAUGGCUGAUGGCAAGAGACACUGGAACAAGGAGGAUGAUCUCCCGGUGUACCUGGCUAGACCGGGUACCACGGCGCAAACACCCCGGCAGAAAUACGGAGGCAUGUUCUGCACUGUGGAAGGUGCAUAUGAGAGUAAGACAAUAGAUUUCGAUGCCUAUAGCGUUGGGCGACGUAGCUCCAAGGCAUCCAGGAGCUCCAGCCGGCAUGACAUCUUGUCCCCGGAAUCGGACGGAAUGAGCGAAACAGCCAGCGACAUCAGUGAGAUCUCCGGCUCAAUCAUCAGUUCUCCCAGCGAGAGGGAAGAGAGGGCCCCGCUGGAGAUCAAAGCUGCGGCGGCCAAGGAGCUGCUCCAGGGCUGGGAACCAGGCAAGAGUGAUCGGAUUCUUAUCAAGGGUGGGAGGAUCAUCAAUGAAGACCGGUCCUUCUAUGCUGAUAUUUAUCUAGAAGAUGGAAUCAUAAGACAAAUAGGGGACAAUCUAAAUGUUCCUUCUGAUGUGAAGACUAUUGAGGCGAACGGCAGGAUGGUUAUCCCAGGAGGAAUCGAUGCAAACACCUAUUUGCUGAAACCCCAUAUGAGCACCACUAGUGUAGAUGACUUUUUUCAAGGAACAAAGGCAGCCCUAGCAGGAGGAACGACCAUGAUAAUUGACCAUGUUGUACCAGAUAAGAAUGCUACUUUGCUGACAGCCUUUGAAAAAUGGCAUGAGACAGCAGAUAACCGUUCCUGUUGUGACUACUCUCUACAUGUGGAUAUUCCUCAUUGGAAUGAAGGAAUCAAGGAAGAGUUGGAGAUCCUGGUACAAGAGAAAGAUAUCAAUUCAUUUCAAGUCUACAUGGCAUAUAAGGAUCUAUUCCAACUGACAGACAGUGAGCUUUAUGAGGCGUUUACUUUCUUGAAGGACCUGGGUGCUGUCAUUAUGCUCCAUGCAGAAAAUGGUGAAUUGAUUGCUGAGGAGCAAAAGCGAGUCCUGGCAAUGGGAAUUACAGGACCUGAAGGUCAUGUUUUAAGCAGGCCAGAAGAGCUGGAGGCAGAGGCUGUUUACCGUGCUAUCACUAUUGCCAAUCGGAUCAAUUGUCCCCUGUACAUCACCAAGGUGAUGAGUAAGAGUGCAGCGGAUGUGAUUGCUCAAGCCAGGAAAAAAGGAGCUGUAGUUUUUGGAGAGCCAAUCACUGCAAGCCUUGGGACAGAUGGAACACAUUAUUGGAGCAGAAAUUGGGCCAAGGCUGCGGCCUUUGUGGCAUCACCACCACUGAGUCCUGACCCCACAACACCUGACCACCUGAGUUCACUAUUAGCCUGUGGAGACCUGCAGGUUACGGGAAGUGGCCAUAGUACCUUUACCACUGCUCAGAAAGCCAUUGGAAAAGAUAACUUCUGCUUAAUUCCUGAAGGCACCAAUGGUAUUGAGGAAAGAAUGAGCAUUAUUUGGGAGAAAGCUGUGGCCACAGGUAAAAUGGAUGAGAAUCAAUUUGUCGCUGUCACCAGCACCAAUGCUGCCAAAGUUUUUAACUUGUAUCCAAGAAAGGGAAGGAUCGCUGUGGGAUCUGAUGCUGACAUUGUCAUUUGGGACCCAGACACUGUUAAAACAAUCUCUGCCAAGACACACCGCUCGGCUGUGGAGUACAAUAUUUUUGAGGGUAUGGAAUGCCGUGGUGCUCCGCUGGUGGUCAUUAGUCAAGGGAAUAUAGUCCUGGAAGAUGGGAACCUGUACGUAAAUCAGGGAACAGGUCGUUUCAUCCCCCGCAAACCAUUCCCGGAAUAUAUUUACCAGCGUAUUAAGAUCCGCAACAAGUCAACGGAAUUGCAUCCAGUAUCUCGAGGGAUGUAUGAUGGUCCUGUGUAUGAACUUCCAGUUACACCCAAGUAUGCCACCCCAGCUCCCUCCACCAAGACAUCCCCGACGAAGACACAUCCCCCACCGGUGCGGAACCUGCAUCAGUCUGGGUUUAGUCUUUCAGGUGCCCAGUUUGAUGACAACGUGCCACGUCGGUCUGGACAUCGUAUUGUCAAUCCGCCUGGUGGCCGCUCUAACAUCACCAGCUUAGGGUGACCAAGACUGGAAGGUGGAGCUGCUGGUGGCUGAUGCAGGCAGUUUAUCUACCGACAAGGUUAUUCGUGUUAUUAAAACCAGCUUACUCUGGUAUUUCAGCAAAAGAAAUGAAUCAAAGUGUGUGUCUGUAUGUGUGUGGGUGUGUGUUUGUCCUAUAGAAUGAGGUGAAUUAUGUGAUGUAUUUUUCAUUGGAGUUGGGCACCACAUGGUUGUGUUUUAUGCCACUUAGCAUGCUGCUUCCGAUAGCAUUGCCCUGGAUGGUACGGUUUAGAGAUGCUCUUUGUAAUUUAAUAAGGAUUAUUUGCACAUUUUAGCUGUAAUAGUAUGUUAGUGCAUGAUCCUAAGAGAUGCAAUUUCUGUUUUGUGUAAUGAAUGAUGAAAAACUCUUUUGAGAAAAACAUUGCCAAGACCUUAGACAGAAGUUUUAGCUAAAAUGGUGUGAAUUUAUGGCACAAUAUUUUGAACUGCCUUGAAAAGUAUAAUCAGGAAUAUGAAGACUGAGAAGUUUCUAUAAAUAUACAAAGCAUUGCUGUCUAAUUUGCUUCAGUAAUCUUCAGUCUUUCGUAGCAUAGACAUCGAUUGAAACACACACUUAAAAGAGAUAGUUAUAGUUACCUCACAGUGUUACUAGAGAGCAAAAUUGACAGAAAAACCUAAAUCAUUUUGGAGUUGAUGUAGUGAUUUUUGGCUUGUAAACAUGUUUCAUGCUUCUUUGGUUUUCUGUUAAAAUUUACCUUGUCAUUUUUCAUUGCUUCAGAACAACAAGCUUAAGAAUGCGAGUUUGAACAAAAUGAAAUUGAUUUGUUUUAUUUGACAUGUCAGUGCAAGAAAUGCCCCAAUGAAGGGUGGCAGCUUCUGGAUUUGAGCUACCUUUCUGUCUUACGUUACUGGGACAUCUUUUAAAAAAACUUUUUGAUACUGAUGCAUUCUUUGUAUUCAUAUACAUUUGUACUUAAUAUUUCAAACCGAAUACUAGUGGUGCGAAUCUACACUUGAGCCUAAAGGCUGGUAAUAAAUGAUGCCUCAAAGUUCCACACUUCUGAUUUUGGUCAUUGCUUUAUUAUCUAUCAGCACUUAGGAUUGUGGACAAUGGGGUUUCAUUUUUAGUACUAAUGUAAAUAGCUAGUUUACUUGCUUUUGUAUUCUGACAGAGUUACUCUUACUCCUUCAUGCUGGGAAGGCAAGAACUUAUUGUAAGUUAAGUUCUUUCCAAGUGAAUUGCCAGUCAAUGUAUACUGAGGUCCACAACCUUGAUGCAAAGCUGUGGGUUUAUCCCAUUAUUAGUAGAUGAUAGAAUCUUAAAUUUACAACUUAUUCAAAUGGUGCCAAGUUGGUUCUUCUCUAACUAUAGGACUUUCAGGUGUUGACCUUUUAAUGUAACUCCAGUACACUAUAACAGGCUAAUUAUAAUUUGAAAUUAAUGGUAUUCUGUAUUUUUUUAAUGUACAGUUAUGGUUCUCCAUUGCCAUAAAAUAUUGUCUGGAACUUGCAUUCACUUUGUACACACAGUGGUCAUUUUAUAGGUACCUACUGUACUUCCUAAAGUGGCUACUGAGUGUAUGUUUGUUCACGAGAAUGAUUCCAGGAUUGAAUGGCUUGUUAUAUGAAGAGUGUUUGAUGGCUCUGGGCCGUAUUCACUAGAAUUCAGAAAAAUGAGGGGUGACUUUAUUGAAACCUAUCAAAAGGUGAAAGGCCUUGAUAGAGUGGAUGUGGAGAGGAUGUUUCCUUUGGUGGGAGAGUCUAAGACCAGAGGACACAGUCUCAGAAUAGAGGGGCGUCCUUUAAGAAUGGAAAUGAGGAAUUUCUUUAGUCAGAGAGUGGUGAAUCUGUGGAAUUCUUUGCCACAGGCAGCUGUGGAUGCCAAGUCUUAAGCUAUAUUUAAGGCAGAAGUUGAUAGAUUCUUGAUUAGACAUGGCCUGAAAGGAUUUGGGGAGAAGGCAGGAGAUUGGGCUAAGAGGUAAAUUGGAUCAGCCAUGAUGAAAUGGUGAAGCAGACUCGAUGGGACAAAUUACCUAAUUCUGUUCCUAUAUCUUAUGGUCCCAUGGUCUAAGUUUCUAUAUGUUGUGCUUUAAGAGAUGCCUUUUGGCACACCACUGUUGUUAUGCAUGACUAUUUGAGUUACUGUUGCUUUCCUAUCAGCUUAAACCAAUCUGGCCAUUCUC